AUGUCUAUCUCACGUGCACCUCCUGUAGAAGAAGAAGACCAUCUAAUCAUCGAACAACAGCAAGGCGACGAAAUGGCACAAGCCAAUCUUCAAGAAGGAUGUGAAGCGUCGCAGCCAAACUCUUCAAAGUACAUCCAAAGUCUACGCGCCAAACACAAGGGCUUAUACCGCAAGCUAGCAAACAUGAACACCGAACAGAAAGACGACAGCAUAUCUCAAGUCCAACGAGGUAUGCUGGAAGAACUGCAAGCGGUGCAGAGCCACGUCAUGGAUUUAAUCCUGGAAGAAUUGCCAGAUGACGUAGAUGAAGACUUGGCAAAAGACGAAGCAUUCCACUCACUAUAUGCUUCUAAGGCAGCGAAGCUGGUCGUAAUCGACAAAAAGCCAUCGUCAGCUACAACACCUCCUGAAGUUGCAUCAUCAUCGGUCUCCAUCCAGCAUCAUCUCAACAUCCCAAUGCCGGCUUUUGAUGGUCUAUACGAACACUGGCCAACGUUCAAGGGCAUGUUCUUAGACAUCAUGAAGCGGACUAAUGACUCGGAUGCAGUAAAACUUCAUCAUCUCAACAAAGCGCUGCAAGGGAAAGCAGCUGGCAUCCUGAACACGUCCAUUCUGAAUGGCAACAACUUCCAGGCGGCAUGGGACGUCUUGGAGAGGCGUUUUGAGAAUCCUCGGCUGAUUGUCGACAAGCACAUCGCAGGAUUGCUUCAGCUGAAGCAUGCACCCCGAGAAUCUGCAAAGGACCUACGGAAGCUAGCGGAAACGUGCAAGAGUCAUGUGGAUGGCUUAGUAUUUAUGAAGCAGACUAUCGACAGUACCAGCAACCUCAUCAUCACGCAUUUGCUCAGCUCAUGUAUGGACGCUGACACAAGGAAGGCAUGGGAGAGUUCGUUGGAACAUGGAGAGUUUCCGGAUCUCUUCAAAACUCUCGAUUUCAUCAAUCGGCAAUGUGAGGUGCUCGAAAGCUGCACGCCAGAGACGUCACGGAAAUCAACAAGCACCAAAGCCUUCACUUCUACCACAGCUGCCAAUCCAUCGUGUGUUCUGUGCCAGCAGCAUCAUACUCUUCAGAACUGUCCAACCUUCAUCGCGAUGUCCGUAGUGCAGAGGAAGAGCAAAGUACAGUCAUUGAAACGUUGUUUCAAUUGCCUCAGCGCUGGACACCCGGUUUCGCAGUGCCGAUCGAAAUGGACGUGCCGUAUCUGCAAGAAACGUCAGCAUCAUCUACUUCAUGGGGAGCAGCUUCCAGCAGCACCAUCUCUUCAGCCUCCAGACGCCGCUGCAACAUCUCAUCAGCUUCCAGUCGAUGCAGCUCAACCAACAUUCAUCGGGGCAUCGAUGACUUCAUUGACGACAGCCGUGCCAUCCACAGUGCUAUUGUCAACAGUAGUGCUCAACAUCACCGAUAGUGCCGGAGUUAGCCAUCCAGCAAGAGCUCUCUUGGAUAGCGGAGCUCAAUCCAACUUCAUCACCGGCAGGAUGGCACAGUUCCUAGAAUUGCCGCGGAAGCUGAUCAAUCUUCCGCUAUCAGGCAUUGGUGGCAGUACAAGAUCGAAUGUGCGACAUUCCAUCAAAACCACCAUCCAUUCUCGAUGCUCGAGCUAUACUGCGUCAUUAGAGUUGCUUGUGUUACCGAAGCUGUCAGCAGACAUACCAACUCAACGGAUCGACAUCAGCCACUGGAAGAUACCGGAAACCUGCAUCUUGGCUGAUCCAUCCUUCAAUCGGCCAGCAACCAUUGACAUCAUCUUGGGAGCAACACACUUCUACGAGAUCCUGAGGACCGGACGACUCUCCCUGGGUAACAGUAUGCCAACCCUUCAGGAAACUGAAUUUGGUUGGGUAGUCAGUGGCAGUGCUACCAUCACCGAACCCAUGUCACCGGUAAUGUGUGCGGUGGCAACACACACGAACGAGUUGGACAAUCUGAUGAAGCAGUUCUUCGCCGUUGAAGACCUGAGCAACACACCGAGUUGGAGCAUCGAGGAACGAGCCUGUGAGGAUCAUUACACGGCAACCACCACACGAGAAGAGGAUGGCAGGUACAUAGUUCAGCUUCCACGCAAGCCAGAGAUGAUUGGCAAGCUUGGCGAUUCAAGGACUAUCGCACUUCGACGGUUCCUAGCACUAGAACGUCGACUUCAACGGGAACCCGACACCCAACGUGCCUACGUGGACUUCAUGGAUGAGUACCUUCGCUUAGGUCAUAUGAGCAAGGUGGCAGCUUCUUCAACGAACGAUGAAUCGUUUUAUCUACCACAUCAUCCGGUCUUCAAGAACGACAGCACCACGACGAAGUGUCGAGUGGUGUUUGACGCAUCGAGUAAAUCCUCAACGGGUGUGUCGUUGAACGACACACUAAUGGUCGGGCCGACCAUUCAACAAGAUGCCACUUCUAUUUUACUGCGGUUCCGGACUCAACCAAUCGCGCUUACCGCUGACGUCACAAAAAUGUACCGGCAGGUUUGGAUUCAUCCAAAGGACCGGUCACUGCAACGCAUCAUUUGGCGGAAUUCACCCAACAAUCCCAUUCAAGAGUACGAGCUCAACACGGUAACAUAUGGGACAGCAUCCGCUCCAUUCCUGGCAGUCCGCUCGUUGCAACAAAUCGUAGCGGACCAUGGAGGAGAUUUUCCAGCCACCGCAGAACGUUCCUGUGACUUCUAUGUAGAUGAUUUCGUUUCCGGCGGGCAAUCAUCUGAAGCGGCGCAGAUGCUGCAGCUGCAAACUGAGCAACUUUACGCAAGUGCAGGAUUCGAGCUGCGGAAGUGGGCGUCCAGCGACCCAUCAGUACUCCAGAACGUGAACCAUGAGAAGUUAGCAUCCAGCCCUUAUGCUACCAGUGGAUCGAAGGGACUUCUCGCCACCCUCGGGUUGAUUUGGGACCCAGCAUCUGACACGUUGCAGUUCAAAAUCAACACCCCAUACGUGAUUGGGGCAAUCACCAAAAGAAAGGUGCUAUCGUGCAUCGCCAGGAUCUAUGAUCCUUUGGGCAUCGUCGAUCCCGUAAAAGCCAUGGCCAAGCAGUUCCUCCAACGCAUCUGGACCCUGCAAACGGAACAGCAACAGCCCUGGGGAUGGGAUGACGAGUUGCCACAUCAUCUACAAGGAGAAUGGAUCAACUUCCACAACCAGUUGAUACAUUUACAAAAUCUACACAUUCCUCGUGUAGCCAUCAGGCCAGGUUCGACAUCAAGCCAGUUCCAUUUUUUCUGCGAUGCAUCGGAAAAGGGAUAUGGCGCAUGCUGCUACAUCAGAAGCCGAGAUGACAACGGAAACAUCACGAUGCAACUGCGCUUCAAGCGUCGACAGUACGCGGGUAUUGGACUUACAACCCAAGAUCUACGGGAGACUGAGGAAGUAUUGUGUCGGCUGGCACAACAGGACCAAUUUGAGCAGGAAAUAAAGGCUCUUCAACAUAACAAGCCGAUACCUUCAUCAUCGAAGCUGAAAUGGCUGCAUCCGCAGCUAGGUGCAAACGGCAUCAUUCGCGUUGGAGGACGUCUGUCCAAUGCACCUCUACUAGAAGACAUCAAGCAUCCAAUCUUGGUUCCCAACAACCAUCCAUUGGCUGAGUUACUAAUGGACCACUUUCACAAAACUCGACUCCAUGCGGGGCCACAACUGAUGCUGAGCAGCAGUCGCCAACGAUACUGGAUCGUAGGUGGCAGGAACAUAGCCCGACUAUUCAUCAAGGGACCACAUCGAAGAGCCGUUGCUACAAAGGCUUAUGUAGCAAUAUUCGUUUGCUUCACAACACGAGCUAUUCACAUCGAGCUCGUGUCCGAUCUCACCACGGAGGCGUUUUUAUCAGCAUUACGCCGCUUCGUCGCUCGUCGCGGACUGCCCGAGGAGUUGCAUUCCGACAAUGCAACGAACUUCAAAGGAGCCAACAAUCAGCUAAAUGAGCUGUAUAGACUGCUGCGAACACCUGAACACCAACAAGGCAUGCAGAGUUGGACGUUGGAAAGGCAGAUCAACUGGAAAUUCAUCCCACCACGCGCGCCUCAUUUUGGUGGUGUCGCUCACGCGACGUGA